GUGCCUUUAAAUUGCUGCUUUCAGAGGGUGCAUCCAGGGGGAGGUGGGAGGGAGGGAAACAUCUUCCUAGCAGUCUCCCUCCUCCCUCCCUCUAAGACUCUCCAGGGUUUGGAGAGUGACUGCUACCCAAAGAGAAUCUUUUUUGGCUCCCUGGCCAGCAGGCUGAGGCCCUCCGCAGAGAGUCUGUAGGGUUAUCUUUGUCAGGAUCAUUUUCAGGGGAAUAGUUCUGGCCCUUGACUGGUAAAGACAGGGCAGAGGAGAAGAGGCAGAAGAGGAAAGAGAGCACAACUCCUAGCCUAGCCCCACGGGCUUCUUGAGGGCAGCCCAAUUUGGAGGAAGGCUUUGUACUUUUGGCGUUCACCCUCACCUUGGCAGCCAAGCUGAGAAAGGGCUCCAAGGUUCCCGUGGAAUGACAACUCUUGUUCCUGCAACCCUCUCCUUCCCUUCUCCUCUGGACCUGCCAGGGCAGGUCCUCCUCAGGGUGGCCUUGGCAAAAGAGGAUGUCAAAUCUGGGACCAAAGGGUCCCAACCCAUGUCCCCCUCUGAUUUUCUGGACAAGCUUAUGGGACGAACAUCUGGAUAUGAUGCCAGAAUUCGGCCCAAUUUUAAAGGCCCACCUGUGAAUGUGACCUGCAACAUCUUCAUCAACAGUUUCGGCUCUGUCACUGAGACCACCAUGGACUAUCGAGUGAAUGUGUUCUUGCGGCAGCAGUGGAAUGACCCACGCCUGGCCUACCGAGAAUAUCCUGAUGACUCUCUGGAUCUUGACCCCUCCAUGCUGGACUCUAUCUGGAAGCCAGACCUGUUCUUUGCCAAUGAGAAGGGGGCUAACUUCCAUGAGGUGACCACAGACAACAAGUUAUUGCGCAUCUUCAAGAAUGGGAACGUGCUCUACAGCAUCAGAUUGACCCUCAUUUUGUCCUGUCCAAUGGACCUCAAGAACUUUCCCAUGGAUAUCCAGACCUGUACGAUGCAGCUGGAAAGCUUUGGCUAUACCAUGAAUGACCUCAUGUUUGAGUGGCUGGAAGAUGCUCCUGCUGUCCAAGUGGCAGAAGGGCUGACUCUGCCCCAAUUUAUCUUGCGGGAUGAGAAGGAUCUAGGCUACUGCACCAAGCACUACAACACAGGGAAAUUUACUUGCAUAGAGGUAAAGUUUCACCUGGAACGGCAGAUGGGCUACUAUCUGAUUCAGAUGUACAUCCCCAGUCUACUCAUUGUCAUCCUGUCCUGGGUCUCCUUCUGGAUCAAUAUGGAUGCUGCUCCUGCCCGUGUAGGCCUUGGCAUCACCACUGUGCUCACCAUGACAACACAGAGCUCUGGCUCCCGGGCCUCUCUGCCUAAGGUGUCCUAUGUAAAGGCGAUCGACAUCUGGAUGGCUGUCUGCCUGCUCUUCGUGUUUGCCGCCCUGCUGGAGUAUGCUGCUGUCAAUUUUGUCUCUCGUCAGCAUAAGGAAUUCAUGAGACUUCAAAGAAGGCAGAGGCGCCAACGCAUGGAGGAAGACAUCAUAAGAGAAAGCCGCUGCUAUUUCCGUGGCUAUGGCCUGGGACACUGCUUGCAGGCAAGGGAUGGAGGUCCAAUAGAAGGUUCCAGUAUUUAUAGACCCCAACCUCCAGCCCCUCUUCUAAAGGAGGGAGAAACUAUGCGGAAACUCUAUGUGGACCGAGCCAAGAGAAUUGACACCAUCUCCCGGGCUGUCUUCCCUUUCACUUUUCUCAUCUUCAAUAUCUUCUACUGGGUUGUCUAUAAAGUGCUACAGUCAGAAGAUAUCCACCAGGCACUGUGAAUAUGAUGGGGACUAUAGAGU